GGGGCCUCGGCGGGUCCCGGCUGGGCGGGUAGGGGCUAGAUGAGGCCGAGCUCUGCCGCUCAAUCUGCGGGACGCCUCUGGAGCUUCUCCAUCUUCCUGGACAGGGACGCGGCGGCCCGGGAGAGGAGGGCGCAGGGACGCGGCGAUGGCUCCGUGGGGACUCCCGGGGUCCGCUGUGCUCGCUGCUGCGGUGUUCGUGGGAGGCGCCGUGAGUUCGCCGCUAGUGGCCCCGGACAACAGUGGCAGCCACACGUUACACUCCAGAGCAGAGACGACUCCGUCGUCACCCACCAGCAACACUGGGAAUGGGCACCCGGAAUAUAUUGCGUACGUGCUUGUCCCUGUGUUCUUCAUCAUGGGUCUCCUUGGUGUCCUCAUCUGCCACUUGCUUAAGAAGAAAGGCUAUCGGUGUACGACAGAGGCUGAGCAGGAAGUUGAAGAGGAAAAGGUGGAAAAGAUAGAGUUGAAUGACAGUAUAAAUGAAAAUAGUGACACCGUUGGGCAAAUUGUUCACUACAUCAUGAAGAAUGAAGCAAAUGCAGACAUUUUGAAGGCCAUGGUAGCUGACAACAGCAUCGGCGAUGUUGAAAGCCCUGUGACCCCAAGCACUCCAGGGAGCCCACCUGUGAGUCCUGGACCCUUGUCACCAGGGGGUACCCCAGGGAAGCAUGUCUGUGGCCACCAUCUGCACACAGUAGGAGGUGUCGUUGAACAGGAUGUGUGCCAACGCUGUAGGCACAAACGAUGGCACUUCAUAAGACCCACCAACAAGUCCAAAGAAGGCCGGCCACGGCGUCAAGGGGAGGUCACUGUCCUCUCUGUUGGCAGGUUUAGGGUUACAAAAGUGGAACACAAGUCCAACCAGAAGGAACGGAGAAGUCUGAUGUCUGUCGGGGGGACUGAGAGUGUCAACGGGGAUGUGCCUGUGACGCCAGUGAAGAGAGACCGAAGUGGCACAGAGUAGCAGCAGUGGCUUUCUUGAAGAGUUCUAAGAGACUCCAAACUUGCAAGAUACGAAGUUGACUAGGGAAUAUUUUUAUGUCUUUUAUACAGUUUCUAUUAUGAAGUCAGUGGACUCGUGGCUCAAACCCAAAAGGGAAUAUUUUUGCUACGCUGAACACAGAAUUCAGUUUGGUUUGAAAGAAGUUGUGGGAUUAAAAGUCUGAUGAAAAAUUUAGUUCAAUUUCCCUGCGGGAAAGAGCUCAUGUUAUUUGUACUUGUGGACCAUCCCUACCCACCCACCAUGGUUCCCAGUUGCCCAUUCCCGGAUGUUCUGUACACAGGCAGCUCCUCCCUUGGAAUCGCAAUCUUAGGAACAAUGGAGCCGUUCACAGCCUGAGCUUAUGCUGGUGCGUUCAUGUCUGUUACCCAAGCCGGAUUCCAUUUGAUAGUUGUUACAAGAUCUUCGUACACACAGUAGGCUGUGACAGAAGACUCGUUCUGGAAAAGGUCCUUGGAAACAUCUAGUGAUCCUCCAGGGGAUCAUGGAAUCAGAUGGAAACCACAGACAUUGGACCAAGAUUUCAGCACUGACUCCUGCUGCCAUCAGGCCACCCUUAGAAAACACAAAAACUAUUACUGUUUUUAUUUAACAUAAUCUAAACAGUUCUCACCUAGUCUAUUUGAGUAAAAGGGAAAAUGGUUUAAGUCACUCUAGAAAAAUUGCAUUGACAUCCAGAGGCCACAAGAAAACACUCUUUUCUUAAACAAACGAGCCCCGGCUGAGACCUCCCUCCAUUACCUGGUCUGGCAGUUCAUCUCGGAAACUGAUGCUCGCUCAGUAAAGGCCUCUGAGGAAGACGGCAAGUUCAAGGCCUGAGUGGGCUACAGAGAGUUCAGGGAUAGGCUGGGUGACUGAGCCAGACCCUGUCUCAAAGCCAAACAGUGAAAGAGAACUGGGAUAUAGCUCAGUGGUAGAGCACGUUCCCAGCAUUCUCAGCCACUCUUAGUGGCUCCUGUCCUGUCCGUCUCUUAGCUUGCUUCUAUAAAACCCUGAGAGUGCACAGAAACAGAGCUAGUAUCGUAUCGAUGUGGGAUGGGGCGAGGCAAGCUCUACGCCCUGCUUCCAUUAGGGUGAUAGCAUUGAGUACUUCGUUUAUUUCAAAGAGAAAAGGUUUGCUUUUGUUUUUGUUUGGCUCCACCAAAAGAAAAAAGGAAAAACAAAGAUUUUUAUAAAAGUAUACCACAAGGUAUUUUCUGUAGAUACACUUACUUGAUUCUGUUUCUGGAAACGAACUAACUGUUUUCUAACAUUUUAUGUGAGCGGUGGAUGCAGUUGGAUGUAAUCUCACACUGGUAGCCGAUGAUUGGAAUGCUUGUUGGGUCUACAAAGCAGAGAAGCCAGUGUGGAUGCCGGAUUCACUGUGGUCCAGGAAGUGCUGUUUGUGUUAGUGGGAGUGACGUUUGUGCAGCUAAGCCAAUAUUUUGACUUAAACAAGAAAAAAGCAUCCAUUUUGCAUUAAAAAACAACAACAGUGUCCUCCUUUAAAUGGUGAUGGGCUAACAUGUAAGAUAUUCUUUAGCUUUAAUUAUUUUUUUAAUUUUAUUCAAUCUAGAGAGCACUUUCUAUAGCAAUAAAUAAACAAGAAUAUGCAAAGAUAUUUAAAAUUGUAUUUAUAUACCAAGAGUACAUUUUAAACAUUUUUAAAUAUUUGAGCAGUUGGGUGACUGGCUUCAAGAGAUGCCAAAAAUUCAGCAUUCGAUACUUUGAAUACAUCUGCUUUGUGCUGGUUUACGCUGCCGGGUGGAGUCCUGUGUGUUCCCAGCACAGCUGAUGUUUAUGGAUUACCCCUCUCUUCUCUUCCUUAGAAGGACUGGGGAUCUGGGACAAGCUCACUGUCCACAACACUAAUGAUGGAUAGCUUCUUGGUGUGACGAGUCAGUUGUAAAGGAAAAAUUUCACUGUUUUCAGUGUCAAUGUAUUUUUAACUGUCUGGUUUGUACUUUUUAUGAAUUUUGUACUACCAAAGCAGAGUUAAAAAUAAAAGCGUUAAACCAG